AACCGAAAACCCUAGCUCCAUCCCGAUUCGAUCCAUCUCGCCAUGGACACCGCCGGCGACGCAGCCACCGGCGGCGGUGGAGCGGUCCCUGGGGAGACCAAGAAGAAGCCUCCCACUGCGGCGGCCAAGGGGAAGUCGACGGGGAAGGGGAAGGCCAGCCCCAAGGCGUCGCCCGCAGACAAGGAGAGCAGCCUCCUCAAGCAGAAAUCGCCCGCCGAGUUCUUCGCCGAGAACAAGAACAUUGCCGGGUUUGACAAUCCUGGCAAAUCCUUGUACACCACGAUGCGGGAGCUAGUUGAGAACGCCCUUGAUUCGGCUGAGUCCAUCUCUGAGCUCCCUGACAUAGAAAUUACAAUAGAAGAGAUAACUAAGAGCAAGUUCAACACAAUGAUAGGGCUAGUUGAUCGAGAGCGUGUUGAUGAAGCACUCUAUGAUGAUUUUGAAUCAGCUAAGGCUCGUGAGAAACGCCUAGCCAAGGAAGCACGUUUCCAAGAAACUCAAGCUAAAAAUGCUUCUCUUGGGAAGAAAGUUAAGGAUGCUCCAGCUUUUCGAGGAAAAGGCCGGGGUGAGGCUGCAUUUUUCAAAGUGACUUGCAAGGAUAACGGUCGAGGUAUGCCACAUGAUGAUAUACCAAAUAUGCUUGGGAGAGUUUUGUCGGGCACAAAAUAUGGUUUGAGGCAAACGCGUGGAAAAUUUGGACUUGGUGCUAAAAUGGCACUUAUAUGGUCAAAAAUGAGCACGGGACUUCCUAUUGAAAUUAAGUCAUCGAUGAAAGGCCAGAACUAUAUUUCCUUCUGUCGCCUGGAUAUAGAUAUUCAUAAAAAUGUCCCUCAUGUUCAUUUGCAUGAGAAAAGGGAGAACAAAAAUCAAUGGCAUGGGGCAGAGAUUCAAGUUAUAAUUGAGGGAAAUUGGGCUACACAUCGUUCAAAGAUCCUCCAUUAUAUGCGUCAGAUGGCUGUCAUCACACCAUAUGCUCAAUUCCUUUUUAGAUUUCUAUCUGAUGCAGCAGACAAAAAUUUGACGAUAAGGUUUGCACGACGGACAGACAUUAUGCCUCCUGUUCCGCUUCAAACAAAGCACCACCCAUCUGCUGUUGAUAUAUUACUGAUAAAGCGCUUAAUUGCCGAGACUACAAAGCAAAAUCUUUUGCAGUUUCUGCAACACGAAUUUGUGAAUAUAAGCAAAUUGCACGCUGAACGUUUAAUUGGGGAGAUGGGACCUGAUUUUAGUCCAAAAAUGACAGUUAAGAGCCUUACAUCGCAGCAAUUAGUUCGGAUACAUCAAUUAUUUCGGCAGGCUAAGUUUGAUGAUCCCAGUGGCAAUUGUCUUAGUCCUGCAGGGGAAUAUAACUUACGCCUAGGUAUCAUAAAAGAGCUACACCCUGAUAUGGUUGCAACACAUGCAAGCAGUCCUCAGGUUUUUGAAGGGCAUCCGUUUAUUGUUGAAGCUGGGAUAAGCAUGGGUGGAAAAGAUGUCAAACAAGGUCUAAAUAUUUUUAGGUUUGCAAACAGAAUACCACUUCUUUUUGAACAAGGUGCUGAUGUCAUCACAAGAACUGCUCUAAAAAGGAUCAAUUGGAGCAGCUACAAAAUUAAUCAGCAGCAAGAUAAGAUUGGUGUCUUUGUGAGCAUUGUAAGUACAAAGAUACCCUUUAAAGGAACUGGAAAGGAGUACAUCGGGGAUGACAUAACUGAAAUAUCAAGUGCUGUUAAGUCAGCCCUUAAGCAGUGCUGUCUUCAACUGAAGUCAAAGAUUGUGAAGAAACUUCAGGCUCGUGAGCGACAGGACAGGAAAAGAAACCUGAACAGAUAUAUUCCUGAUGUUGCAAGAGCGAUUAUGGAGACUCUGGUAGAAAUUGCUGAUGACUCUCCCCCAAAAAGGCCACGCUAUGAUAAGGAAGAUGAGGAACUCCUUGAGAAGGUGAAUUCUCAGGAGGUGACAGAUAAGACCUUCAGAGAUUGCUUAAUGCAGCAUGUUGAACAGGUUGAUUAUGAAAUGGCGCUGGACUACGCCAUGCAGAGCGGAGUAAGCGAGGAGCCCCGUGAAGCAAUAUAUUUGAACUCACUCGAAGGAUCCUACAAGUUUGUCGACUUGCAGGGUCCUGUCUUCAUAUUCAGAUUUAUUCCAUGAAGGAACCUUACACAUCCAUCUGUUCUCUGGUCGACCAAUAACUCCAUUAAUUGUAUUCCCAUUGUACCUGAAUUGGUUGCUUGAGCUAUUUUUGGCUCAGCGCCAUAAUUGUAACAUAGACAUUACAAGUUGCUAAGAAAUUAGUUUAGUCUAGGAUGCCCCUGUAUGUUGCAUUUGUAGAGGAAAAAUAUUUUUACUAUAUGAUUCAAACCGUUGUAUUG